CAAUCCCGAUCUCCUCUCUAUUAUUCUCCACACAAUAUAUCAUCAUCCAAUUCCGCAUUAAUACUGUCAAUCUCAGCUAUUAUUAAACAGUCAUAAUGCACCACAACUUACGAUGUGCUGCAACUCUUAUCAAUGACGACUAAAGACCGCUAAUAACGCAGCUUACCACCGGCCCCACCGGCGAUGUCAUUCGAUCUUGCGUCCAUCUUGUAUUCUAAAUGCAGCCGAUUCCAGCCGCAGCGAUCUCCAUGAUAUCUGGGCUAGCUAUAAACUCUGAAUUUUAUCAUCGAAAGAAAGAAAAGAAUUCGCGUCAACAAUAUUAUUACCCUUCUAGACUUGAUACACUGCUAAUGCCGUGAGCGGGGUAUAUGCCUAUUCGCCAUCUAAUUCCCCGCCGCAGUCCCCUUCUGCUGCUGAGAACAACCAUCUUACAGACGAGACCAUUCGACCGGGUCGCAGUCAUGGGCGAAAUGGAUUUCAAUGCUUCCUCCCAUCCGCAGCACCCCAAGCGGCUCGUGUUUGCACCCGGCGAUAUAGCUGGUCCGCAGAACGACGAGCUAAAAGCCGCUGCCACCAUUCGCAGCGCCGCAAGCCAUCUCGCCGAUGACAUCGUCCGGUCAGAUACCUCCACCCCAACCUCAGCGAUGCAGGUGGAGCUUCUCUCACACCCUGCACGCGCACACCAAUUCGUUAUAAACCCACCGCUACAUAUCUCGCACCUCCAUCCCACAAACCCGCUGCACCAAUUCCACAAAUGGUUCAAAGACCCACGCAUCCCUCGCAGCUCGGCGCCAGAGACAUGCACGCUGGCGACCGCAUCCCUGCCAUCCGGCCGCGUCAGUGCGCGCAUGCUCUACUUCAAGGAACUGGACGAACGAGGAUGGGUUAUAUACAGUAAUUGGGGCAGCAAGGAGGGAAAAGGCGGACAGGUAUUUGGCCCUGAGUACCGAGCCUCAGCCGACGGCUCGGUACCAGGUGAUAUCCAUCAGUCGGCGGCCCUCAACCAGGGCAAUCGAUGGGCGGCAUUGACGUUUCUGUGGGCGCUUGUGGAGCGGCAGGUGCGUAUAGAAGGGGUCAUCGAGCCGCUAUCCCGCGAAGAAAGCGAGAUGUAUUGGCGGACAAGAGAGCGGAAUAGCCAGAUCGGCGCAUGGGCGAGUUGGCAGAGCAAGGUGCUGUGGUCAGUCGGGCCAGAGGGUGUUGCGGACGAUCUCGACGACGGACGAGCAGAGCUGGAACGGCGGGUUAAGGAUACAGAAGCGAGGUUUGCGGAUGUUAAGGAUAUCCCCCUGCCGCCUUUCUGGGGUGGCAUUCGCCUUGUUCCUGAAUCGGUCGAGUUCUGGCAGGGCCGCGCGGGGAGGUUGCAUGAUCGGUUUCGCUAUGUACGAGAGGGGCAGACGGAUCAUACGGCAGAGGACUUUAAAUGGCGUAUAGAAAGGUUGUCGCCGUGAUAGACCAGACCAUUAUAUUCAUUGUCAAGACUCAAAGCAUGUAGAUAUAGUAAACCACAGCCCUCCACCUCCGCUGCCAAGACUGUUCUUCCUCAUCAUCGCAUUACAUUUGACUCUAAAAUUCUAAGUUGGUUUAUACUAAACAUCAUUUCCAUUGAGAACUUUACCUAAUGAAGAUAAUAUAUCGAACUUUUCCCAAUAGGCUAAAGAACAUCGAUGCUCAUGUCCCGCUUCACUUUACCUCUAGUGAGGCUUUCAAUCUCCGCUACCACCACAUCAAAGGGAAUGAA